AAAUAAACGAUUAUUUCAAAAUUGUUAACGAUGAACAGUGUACUUAUUAUAACUUUUUGAAAAAGUUUCAGUACGUCAUUCUGGAUGCUCCCCCUUAUACAGAUGAUUGGACAGGUAUAGAUGGAGUUUGGUACAGAAGAUAUUCUGAAUAUGCUAAAAAAGCAGGCAAACAAGCAAGUUGGGUUGAUGGCCCAAGUGAUGAGUGUAUACAUCCACAUGCACCAAUGAAAUCCUUUUUUGAAGAAAUUAUCAUGGAACGAAAGAAGAGAACUGUUCAAAGAAAUUACAUAAGUUCCAGUAUAUAUGUAUUGGACAAAUCAAGAGAAAUUGGUGAACAACAACUAAUUUUAGAUUUAUCUGAAGCAGCACCAAGUAAUAUAAAAAGAUCCCAAGAAGAUGAAGUGGAAAAAUCCUCUAAGAAGUCAAAAUCGAUCAUUAAUAAUAAACAUGAAGAAUUUGUUUUUGAACAAAAGAAUUUGGAUGUUAACGAAUCACAUGACAAAAAUGAAUUUGAUAAUGUUGAUUUAAUUGAUUUAAUUGAUGAAGAAGGAGAAUUAUUUUUUGAAAUUACUGAACUGUCAUUAAUACAAGAAAAGGUCCAAAAAGCAAUUGAAAACUGUACUGAUGAAUUGCAAAUUAAAUUACUAAAAUGGCAGCAACACAUGCUUAAAAAAUUAGAGUCUGGUACACAUUGUCCAACAAGUCAAAAUAUUCAUAAAUUGCUUGCUACUUCAUCAGUUUUUUAUUUCCAACAAAAAGUUGAGCAUGCAUAUAUUGAUUUUUUAACACCUUAUGAAAUUGCUGCAAUCAAGUCACUUGUCAACUCAGACUUUGAACAGAUUGGAACUUCAGAUGAUAUCAAGUUGUUUGUGGAAGAAAACAAAAAGAAAUUUCGACGGGAUGCUCUUGAAGAACUUGAAACAUAUAUCAAGGAAUGUUCAAUAAACCAAAAUGGAUGUAUAAAUAAAACUUUUUUUAAAUUACUUGAAGAGAUUAGUGUUGAAUCUAAAGCUUCUAAACUAUGUAAAAGUCCUGCUGAUGGUAGAAUUCCAGACUAUAUGCUCCACAAUCAAAAAAAUACUCGUACAUCUGUUUUUUUAGAAGUGACAAGCCCUAAACGUGAAGAUGAAGAAAAAAAAAUUAAUUGGGACAUUUACAGGGCUUCAAUACAUGCUAAGGAUGCUAUAGAUUAUGAUAUUAAGAAAUUUAAUAUUCAACCAUCAUCUGGGAAAAAGUUAGCAAUUUUUAUAAACGGAUAUAAAAUGGUAGUAUGUGUAAUGAAACUUCAAUAUCCAGGAAUUUAUCUAAUGGUUGAAGUGGCCAAUUGUACAAUUCCAAAUUCUGUUCGUCAAUUAGAAUCAAUUAUGAAACUUCAUCAGACUUUGAUUAGUAUUAAGGAAAAUGCAAUAGAUUAUCUUGAAGAAGAUGGAUAUAGUAUACCAACUAGUACAAAUUAUUUUGAUUGGAUUAAUCCAACUGCAACUACACCAA